GUUUUUGUGCGCCGAGUUCGCAAUUUUAUAAAGGAAUAAGGAAAGGGCUUUGGAGCUCGCCCCCACAGUGUUCCCGUUUUGGUAAGAUCUCGCUUAACCUAACUGUUGGAGGCAAAGUGAUCGACGAAAUGACCAGCGCAGGGACGGCCGCGGCGGCGGCGACGGGAGCGGCGCUCGGGGCGCGCACGGCGCGCUCAUGCGACGGCUGCAUGCGGCGGCGUGCGCGGUGGCACUGCCCCGCGGACGACGCCUUCCUGUGCCAGGCCUGUGACACCGCCGUCCACUCGGCCAACCCGCUCGCGCGCCGCCACCACCGCGUCCGCCUCACCUCGGCGUCGUCCUCCUCCGCUCCGCGCGACCCCGACGCGCCCGCGUGGCUGCACGGCCUCAAGCGCCGGCCUCGCACGCCCCGGUCCAAGCCCACGAGCAAGCACGAGGCGGCAUCCGCCGCGAUUGCCUCGGCUGCGUCGGUGGCGGUCCCCGACUUCGAGGCGGAGGAGUCUGGCUCCGGCAUCUUGGGAGACAACGGCCAUGGGGUGGAGGACGACGACGAGGACCUGCUGUACCGCGUCCCAGUGUUCGACCCCAUGCUCGCCGAGCUCUACAACCCCGUGGCCGACGAGGGGGAGAAGAAGCCGGCCUUCCUGAGCUCGUCCCUCGCGGAGACGUCGCCGGAGUUCGCCUCCGUCUCGGUGCAGGCGGACGUUCUCUCCGGGUUUGAUGUCCCGGAUAUGGAGCUUGACAGCUUCGCCGCGGACAUGGAGAGCCUCCUCAUGGGAGUCGACGACGGGUUCGAAGAUCUGGGGUUCUUAGACGACGAGAAGCCUCAGGUGAACGUGGGCAUGCACAUGGACUUCGAGGCCAAGGCUGCGCCGGCGCCGGAACAAGAGGACAAGAACAUGGAGCGGCCGGUGAUGAUACUCAAACUCGACUACGAGGGCGUCAUCACCUCGUGGGCCCGUGACGGAGGCUCACCGUGGUUCCACGGCGAGCGCCCUCACCUCGAUCUUGGCGAGUCAUGGUCGGACUUCCUGACGGGGAGAGUCCUCGGCGGUGUCGUGACGGCCGUGACGGGCGGAGAGCGGGAGGCGCGUGUGUCUCGGUACAGGGAGAAGCGGCGGACGCGGCUGUUCGCCAAGAAGAUCCGGUACGAGGUCCGCAAGCACAACGCCGAGAAGCGGCCGCGGAUGAAGGGCCGGUUCGUGAAGCGCGCCGCGCUGCCGCCGCUGCCGAGGCCGCCGCCGCCACGGCAGCAGAAGCAGCCGGAGCGGGCGCUGCCGCAGGUGGGCAUGGUGGCCGCGGCGCCCCAGCUGGGAGCGCACGGGCGCUUCCGGUUUUGAGACCACUCGUUCGUACGUACGUGCGUGCAUGAUGCAUCGGUGCAUCUGCAUGCUAUAUAAGUAAACGCUAUCACGUAGCAUGUUCUUUCUACUCUAUUUUGUUUAGGGAUGAACGUACCUAGUGUUAGUUUUGAGCAGAAUCCGUGUGAAUUAGGGCUCCCCAAGAUAUGCGUACUUACGACUGAAACAUGAGCUUGUACUUGUGCAGAAUUUCAUGUGCAAAGUAGCUAAAUAUUUGUAUGUAUAACUAGGUGGGGUGAUGUUCUUCUAUUUGUAAAGAAGGAUCUACUAAUUACAAGGGGUGUAGAUUUUGAUCUCAUAACAUAUGAAUACAUGUGUAAAGGUCUGAAACUCUUAACUGAAGCUGUUAAGAUCAAAGUGAUGAUAUACUAUGUGGUUGGAUUAGGGUGAAAAUGGCUUGUAACUAAGUUGUUACUAGAGAAUAUAUGUUUGAUGGGGUCGCAUAGUUA